UUUUGUAUAAGCUUCGCUGUCAUUGUGCAAAGAUCUAUUCGCGCGACUUUGAAGAUAUAUUAUAUAAAGAGGAAGCAUUCACAAUGCUCACGACGAUAAUUAUUCUCUUAAUAACUACUAGCUGUAGCUAUGCGGAUUUUAAGCUGGAAAGCGGAUGGGAUCAUUCUCAGCAUGGCCUUGAUUGGGGUGGCAGCUGCUCAAAAGGAAAAUAUCAAUCGCCGAUUAAUUUACUAACGAAAUGGGAUGCUCUGCCUGAGAAACACCCUCUAAAAUUACGAAAUUAUUGUAAUUUGGCAUCGAAUAAAGCGGUAUUAUACAAUACAGGGCACACGGUAACCGUGGACAUGGCAGCAAGUGGAAACGGGUCUUACCCUCGCAUGUCUGGAGCUCUGCUAAAUCGGACUUUCAAUGCAACGGAGUUGCAUUUCCACUGGGGCUCCAAAAACGUGAAAGGCUCUGAGCAUACGAUAGAUGGAAAACGUUUUGAUUUGGAGCUGCAUAUCGUGCACAGGGCACUUGCCGUGGAUGACAUUGCCGUUAUGAGUGUGUUGUUCAACAUCAGGCAGAAUGCAACCACGAAGCCCGUCCUUAAGCCUAUUUUCGAUGCACUAACAAAAGUUAUAGAAUAUCAUGAAAAAGCUGAAGUUAACGAGACAUUUGGCUUAUGCAAACUGUUCAAAGUUUUGGAUAAAACGGAUUAUUUCACAUACGAAGGAUCGCUGACUACACCAAAUUGUCGGCAGGGUGUCUCUUGGAUAGUAUUUCGAAAUCUAAUCGAUGUAGCACUAGAAGAUGCCUCCAAAUUACGGGAUCUUCAAGAUUCAAACGGUGAACCCAUUGCAAGCAACUUCCGCAUGAUAAUGCCGCUCAACUCACGUCCUGUUUAUCACUUCAAAAGAGGAGUAGCUCUAAAAAGAGUAGAAAAAGAAAAUGAAGAAAGCUUAAAGUAGCAGUGGAAAAUGUGUGAACAAUAUGAUUCCAGUAAAAUGUAUAUGCUUAUCCUCCAA